AUGGGCUCGAACGCACCCUCUCUCGAGUCGGUCCUCCAAUCCCUUCUGCAAUUCUUCGGUCAAAAUGACCCAGCACAAAGUCGACCACAACUGCAAAAGGCCAAGCUCGCCUUGCUUCACCACAACGCCCUGAUCCCAUCCCAGCAAACACCUGUCACGACACUCGCUACGGCGCGAUCGAUUCUUGAGGCUGGCGCUCUUCUUUCCAUCCGCUCCAGAGAUCCCGACUCAUUCGUGCGAUACUAUUCCCAGCUCCAACCGUUUUAUGAUUUCCCCUCUCUGCAACAGACACCGUCGCAGAACCGAUCCAAGAUCACAGGACUCUAUCUGUUGCUGCUCCUGAGUCAAGGAGACUACGCCGGAUUUCAUACACUGCUGGAAUCACUUAUCGUGGCGGAGGGGGCCGCCAGCGGCGCGUCGAAAAUCGAGGAAGACCCGUUCAUCAGAUACCCGAUCGAAUUGGAGCGGAGUCUGAUGGAAGGCAGCUAUGACCAGGUGUGGCGCAAGACGAGCGGUCGGGAUGUGCCUGGGGAGGAGUUUGCUUUGUUCUCUGAUAUUUUGAUAAACACCAUCCGUCUCGAGAUCGCCUCUUGUGCCGCUCGCUCAUACCCUUCGUUGCCUAUUGCCUCAGCCAAAAAUCUUUUGUUUCUUGACUCCGAGGGCGCCGUGAUGGACUUCGCGCGAGAACAGGGCUGGAGUCUGGAGGAAGGUCGGAUAUACUUCCCAGGUCUGGCGGAGGCCAAGAAGGCCGAAGAUGGGGAUGAGAAAGAGGUCAUUAGUCAUACGAUCGAAUAUGCCAGGGAGUUGGAGAUGAUUGUGUAG